GUGCUCCUUUUCAAAGGUCUCAGCAUCCUCAUGCUACCUCCUGCCGACAUUUCCACCUGGGUCCCCAGCCUCAGCUCUCCGCUGACUUCGCCCUGCCUCACGCGGUGCAGCCCCAGCCAGGGCUGACCCCCCACAUGGCCCCCACGCACCAGCACAGCGGACCCCUGCACCAGACCCUGGCCCCAGUGCCCGCCCUGCCCUUCCAGGACGUGGCUGGACCCUCCUUCCUACCUCAGGCGCUUCACCAGCAAUACCUCCUCCAGCAGCAGCUCCUCGAGGCACAGCACCGCCGGCUCAUGCCCCACCCCAGGCGGGCUCAAGAGCGCAUGUCUGUUCAGCCUCACCGUCUACACCCCAGCUUUGACUUCAGCCACCAACUACAAACUCCACAACCCAUAGGGACCCAGCCCAGGUAUUUAGCUGAAGGCACGGACUGGGACCUCAGCGUCGAUGCAGGGCUGACUCACACCCAGUUCCAGGUCCGGCCGGUCCCUCAGCCCUAUCAGCAUUACUUAGCUACCCCUCGGAUGCACCAUUUCCCCAGAAGCACAUCCUCCACACAUAUGGUUGUUCAUGAAAUCAGAAAUUACCCUUAUCCUCAGCUUCAGCUACUUGCUCUUCAGGGACUGAACCCCAGCAGGCACACAUCUGCUGUGCGGGACAGCUAUGAGGAGCUGCUGCAGCUGGAGGACAGGCUGGGCAGCGUGAACCGGGGUGCCGUCCAGAACACCAUUGAGAGGUUCACCUUCCCCCACAAGUACAAAAAGAGAAGGCCACAGGAGGGUAAGGCUGAGCAAGAGGAUGGGGAGGAGUCGGAUACCGAUGAGAAAUGCACAAUCUGUCUGUCCAUGCUUGAAGAUGGAGAAGAUGUCAGACGGCUGCCCUGUAUGCAUCUCUUCCACCAAGUGUGCGUGGACCAGUGGCUGGCCACCAGCAAGAAGUGCCCGAUCUGCAGGGUGGACAUUGAAACACAGCUCGGCUCAGACAGCUGAAAGGACUGGCUGGACACACCAUUUUUCCUUUCCAGGUCGUAUGGCCAUAAACCCUUGCAGCAAAAUUUUUGCCUUCUGAGCCAUUUGAUUGAGAGGAAAAGUCUGCAAGCAUGUUAGCAGAGGAGGAGGAGGAGGAGGAGGAGGGGGUGGUACAAUAUCUAGUGGUAGGAGAUAUUGCACAUAACGCAGGAUACGGGCCCGCUGAAAGGGAGCUGGCAUUCCCAGAGCUCAGAGACCCCGUGCUGCAGAAGAUUUAGUGUUGAACAUGAGUGAAGUGUUUGGUGUAGUCUGGCCUGUCAAUCCUGCAUUUCAUGAGGAUUGUAUAUAUACCUCUUGAAUACGUAGACACAUGUUAGGGGUCCUUUAGCUAUUUCUAUGGAUGGCAGCUGGAGCAUGUUAGCUUAAGAAAUGUUGUGUUUGAUGCCCUACUCAUCUUGUGGUGGACAUGUUGCUGUUACCUAAUUUGCACCAAAUAUUUUUUCAUAGAUUCCUUAUUUUGGUGCCUGAUUAAUACAUUGCAGAUGGGGAAUAAAGAGGUUAAGCUUUCCUACCCUUGGAGAAGGGGGGGAAGAGGUGAAAAAGCAAAAU